AUGAGAGUUGCAACUGCUGUGUGGUGGUUUUUCACGAUGAUAUUGCUUUCAUCCUAUACUGCCAAUCUGGCAGCUUUUCUUACCACACAACGAAUGUUAACCCCUAUUGAAAACGCGGAUGACUUGUCUUCGCAGACGAAGAUCAAGUAUGGGACACUUGGACGAGGCUCGACGAUGUCUUUUUUCAAUGAGUCCAAGAUUGAAACCUAUGAGAGAAUGUGGAAGCUGAUGUCUAGUAAUCCUGCUUAUUUUGUCAACUCUUCAAAAGAGGGUAUUGCUCGAGUAAAGAGCUCGGACUAUGCCUAUCUUAUGGAAUCAUCGAUGCUCGAAUAUGCGGUUGAACGCGACUGUGAGCUGAUGCAGAUUGGAGGUCUACUCGAUCAGAAAGGUUAUGGAAUUGGAUUACCAAAAGGUGAAGUUCUCUUCCUUGUUCACAAAAAUUCAGAAAAAAUGUUGCAAAAGAGUCAAACCAACUCGCAUGUGUGCCUGAAAUUGCACUCUUAUGAAUUUCGCUGAAA